AUGGGGGAAGCCAGAUUCUUUCUCGGAUUAGAAAUAUGCAGGUCAAAGGAUGGAAUUGUGCUCUCCCAAACCAAAUAUACAAAUGACAUCAUAUCUGAUGUGGAAAUGACUCAAGCAAAGGCUACAAGCACCCCUCUACCAGCAGGAAUAAAAUUGAGCAACAGUGAAGAAGAACAAAUGCAAAAUCUUGAAGCUUACAGAAGAUUAUUGGGAAGGCUGCUGUAUUUGGGCUUCACAAGACCCGACAUAUGCCAUGGGACUCAACAACUAAGUCAAUAUAUGCAGCAUCCAAACAAAUCACAUUGGGAUGCUGCAUUAUACUUAGUUAGAUAUCUAAAGGGCACUGCUAACAGAGGUCUUUUGUUUAAUGCAGAUGAUGAUUAUGAGCUGCAAGCCUUUUGUGAUGCUGAUUGGGCAAGUUGUCAAGACACAAGAAGAUCACUCACAGGAUAUUGCAUUUUCAUUGGAAAGGCCUUGAUCUCCUGGAAAACAAAGAAACAAGCUACAGUCUCUAGAUCGUCUGCAGAAGCAGAAUAUAGAAGUAUGGCCAACACAACGUGUGAAUUGACUUGGAUUUUUAACUUGCUUCGAAAUCUUCAGAUACAUCCACCUACUCCUGUUCCACUUCAUUGUGACAAUCAAGCUGCCCUCUACAUUACAGCUAAUCCGGUUUUCCACGAGAGGACAAAACAUAUAGAAAUUGACUGUCACUUAAUAAGAGACAAAUACAAGGAAGGCUUUAUAUCUCCUGUGCAUAUUGCUUCUAAAUUGCAGCCUGCAGACUUGUUUACAAAAGCUUUACCGGGACCUAGGUUCAGUUACAUUGUGUCCAAGUUACCGGGACCUAGGUUCAGUUACAUUGUGUCCAAGUUGGGCCUUGUUAACAUCUUACCAAGUCCCACUUGA